CUGGCUGUCAUCUUUCAAAACAAUCUAAAGUUCUUUUUCGGAUUCGGUCAGUCGGCCGAGAUCGACAUACGACUGGACGAUGCCAGUACCAGGAAAUGCGUCGCAACGCGUGUCGAUGAUGGCACGCGACAGAAUCUGUAUUUGUUCUAUGAUGGUGAAACGAUUGCCGGAACGGUGCACGUUCGGUUGAAGAAACCCAACCAGAAAUUGGACCACAACGGCAUCAAGAUAGACUUUAUUGGCCAAAUCGAAGUCUAUUUUGAUCGAGGCACUCACCAUGAUUUUACGUAUCUGUCGAAGGAUUUGGCAAAGCCCGGCGAACUUCUCCAAAACACGGAAUAUCAUUUCGAAUUCCUUAACGUGGAGAAGCCAUAUGAAUCGUAUGUCGGAGCAAACGUUAAGCUUAGGUACUUUCUUCGAGUGACGAUUGCAAGACGACUGACGGAUAUCGUAAAAGAAAUGGAUAUCGUCGUUCACGUCCUGUCUACUUACCCUGAUACAAAUAACAAUUGUUUACACAUUGAAUUUGAAUACAACAAGUCGAAAUAUCACGUGAAGGACGUGAUUGUUGGCAAGAUAUACUUUCUUCUGGUUCGAAUUAAAAUAAAGUACAUGGAAAUCGCUAUACUGAAGCGGGAAAUUGUCGGAUCUGGUACGCCCGCGAACGUUUUCAAUGAAACAGAAGUGAUUGCAAAAUAUGAAAUAAUGGAUGGAGCACCUGUAAAGGGGGAAACGAUACCUAUUCGACUGUUUCUUUCUGGCUACGACCUAACUUACAGGCGAUACUUCAAGCAACAGGUGCGUGUAUUUACAAGUUUAAUGUGUUUAAUAAAGAAAUUACUCUUCCCACGAAAAUUCGCCUGUGCUUUGACUCUGUCAGAUCAGUUUUUGUGA